AUGGCUUAUAACAAUUCAACACAGACUAAUGGUGCUCCUGUUUUAUUGCGAAAGCUAAAUUACAUUUUCAUAGUGGUACAGAUUCUGAUAGCAUUUUUUCUGUACCUCAACUGUCUGCUCAUCACAACCUUUUUCAAGAAGGGGGCAUUUCGCAGAAGUAUGCGCUACAUCCUAUUCGCCUAUACCCUGACUUCGGACUGCUUGUACCUAUUGGUGACCAACGUUCUGCUAAUCAUGUCGCUCUUUGAUAUUUUCAUGCAAAUUUGGAUCUGUAUUCUCCUCCUUAUAGUGGUGUCGGUGUAUACUUUUGUCUUUCCUUUAGCACUGACCAUGAUGACUCUGGAGCGUUACGUGGCUAUCUGCAUGCCAAUGCAGCACGGAGCCUUAUGCACACCGCGCAACGCUCUGCACUGUAUUCUGAUAAUCAACGCUAUCAGCUCCAUACCAAUCAGCAUCUCUCUCUCCAUCUACUGGGCCUCUGUGCCGCUCAGUAUCUACAUGGAGGGUAGGAUCUGCUCGAUGGAAAUGCUCAUCAUUCACAGAUGGCAGAGUCAUUACUGGUCGGCCAUAACUCAGUUAUACUUUGUCAUCAUGUUUGUCAUUGUUGUGUUCUGUUAUGUUCAAAUCGGAAAAGCAGCCAGGAAAGCAUCGGGAGAGACUAAGAAAUCCUCAGGGAAGGGACUCAGAACGGUACUUCUUCAUGGUUUUCAGCUCAUUCUCUGCCUUACUCGGCUGUGGUGCCCUUUGGUUGAAGCUGCAAUUAUGCGAUAUGAUAUAAUUUUAUACAGCAAUGUGAGAUACGCUAAUUACAUAAUAUUUACUCUUGCUCCGAGAUGUCUAAGUUCCCUUGUUUAUGGCCUCAGGGACAAAGCUUUUUUUCUAAUGUUGAAAUACUAUGCUGUCUUCGGCUUGUGUUACAAAUCCCAUCCUGUAUUGGCUGAUUGA